UAGGCAUACGGAAAGAUGAAAACGUGCCGGCGAGUUUUUUGACACGAAUACAUGUUGUAUUUAAACAGAGGGACACACACUCGUAUUUACAAUUCUGCGACAGGAGUUUUGGAUAAGUCAUUGAAUCAGCAUUCUGUAAUUAAAAUUCAGUUUCACGGGAUUUAUUUCGAGUGUGAAAUAUUCAUCAGGACUGUGAUGUAACUUGUGUACAGAUUGUCAGACAGCUAGGACAAUGAAGGGGUCACUCGCGUGAUGGAACGUGGACAGGUGAGGAGCGGCGACGGUUAGUGCUGACCACGUGUGAUGUUAUGGUCGUCUUGACACCAACAUUCUCCAAUGAACUGUCAUCUUACAUCUGCUGCAUCGCUUCAAACUGGAGGAUAAUAUUUGUUCCCUGGUGUAAAUGAACCAUAUUUGGUAUGGUCAACGAAUCGGUUUACUCAUUAAUCAUUGUUUGAUAGCACGUGGCAUAUUUAUUGAAAUUCCUUGUGAUGUGAGACUGUCGUCUGAUUGUCAUAGAAGCAGUUCCUGUGAUUUAGAUUCUGGAAUAUUGUGAAAGUUUUUUUUUUAUUAUUUACCUAUUGCGAGUUCAUGAUUAACUCACGUGAAGAAUCAUUGUCAACAUGUUGUGAAUACUAUUCCAAACCGUUAGAUAUGGAUUUACAUUGACAUGGAUCUAUAAACAUAUAUGCACCUGUGAUUCAAGGGUUCAAAGGUUAAGUGUUAUUGGUACCGAGCUGUGCCCUCCAGCGCUUGUGACAAUGCAAUGUACCAAUGGUUCAUUCAUCAUAUCACAGACAAGAAAUGUGAUCAAUAUCCGUAACCUUCUAUUUGUUCUUCUCGUCCUCGUGACUGUUGAACUUGUGACAUUUAACCCGACAAAAUGUGCCAUGAUGGGGUCACUUCUCGGGUUAUGUUCCGUCCAGAGACAGCGUGGUGAUUCCUCCAAAGGCAGACAGAUCAGCUGGAUUUGGGCAAAUACCAAACCGGAAGUGACGCUUCCUUUAUGUCCUCUCAUUCCUCCCACCAUUGUUGGAAAAGUUCCGGUGACCACAGCUGUCUACAGCUGGGAAUCGUUAGAGGAAAAGUUUCAUGACAUUAAGAAUGGUGGCCGGUACCGCCCUACUCACUGCACUGCACGUCACAGAGUGGCUAUAGUGUUACCCUUUCGGGACCGAGAGAUACACCUGAAAAUCCUGCUCAAUAAUCUCCAUCCAUUCCUACAGAAACAACAGCUUGACUAUGCAAUAUUUAUUGUCGACCUGAUGCCAGAAGUGACGUUUAACAGGGCCAUGUUACUGAAUAUUGGCUUUACAGAAGCCCUGAAACUGUAUGACUACCAGUGUUUUAUUUUUCAUGACGUGGACCUCAUACCCGAAAUGGGCCAUAACAUGUACAGUUGUCCUGAGAAUCCGCGUCACAUGUCGGUUGCCAUAGAUACAAUGCAUUAUAGACUGCCAUACAACAACAUAUUUGGAGGAGUAGUGGCAAUGACCAAAGAGCAGUUUCAGCAGGUCAACGGAUUCUCUAACAAAUACUUUGGAUGGGGAGGGGAAGACGAUGACAUGUUUAACAGGAUACGACAUAACAACAUGUCAAUAACACGAUACCCUGGUGAUGUCUCGCGUUAUAAAAUGCUGUCUCAUAAAAAAGAACAUGGAAAUCCAGAUAGAUUUCAUUUAUUACAAGGCUCUAAAAAGAGAUUGCAAAAAGACGGCUUAAACAGUCUUAAGUACUCGCGCGUGAAGCUUGAACUACGGAAGUUGUACACGUACCUGCUGGUGGACAUCGACGAGGUGUACAUCAUGAGUAAUGGACAAUUCAACAGAAGUCACCAGCAGCAACACCAACAUCAGUUACAGCAACAGUUCCAGGAACAAAAUGUCGACCAGCAACAUAUAGCGCGAAUACAACAAGAUAUACUAAAAAUGCAGCAAAAAGAAUCACAGAUAGAACAACAAAAACAAAGGAUAGAACAGCGGGAAAAACAAAAACAACAAUUACAAAUGCAAAAUCAACAAAAACAGACAGACAAAACAAAAACGCAAGGUAUGUCGCAAAACGGACAACAGGGCCAACAACAAGCGGACCAAAUAAAUGCUAACCUGUAUCAAAACAUACAGCAAAAUCUUCUUCAAAUCCAACCAAAACAAACAAAUAUACAAACCAAAGAAUUAUUUCAACCAGGUAUACCAAUCAAUCAGCUAAAAUCACAAGUACAGCAAAAUUUGCAACCGAACAAACAAGAAAGUCAAAAUCUUCAACAGAAGCAGCAAGCACAACAAAAUCUACAGCAGAACCAGCAAGUACAGCCAAAUCUACAACAGAAACAAGCACAGCAAAAUUUUCAGCAGAACCAGCAGAUACAACAACAUUUACAACAGAACCAGCAAGCACAGCAAAAUCUACAACAGAAACAACAAGCACAGCAAAAUCAUCAACAGAACCAGCAGUUACAACAGAACAAGCAAGCGCAGCACAAUCUACAACAGAAGCAGCAAGUAAAGCAGAUUCUACAGCAGAACCAACAAGUACAGCAAAAUCUACAACAAAAUCAGCAAGUAAAGCAAAUUUUUCAACAGAACCAGCAAGUAAAGCAAAAUUCACAGAACCAGCAAGUAGAACAAAAUCAUCAAAAGAACAAAAUACACACAAUGCAGCAACAAAAUGUUAUACAAAAUACACAAUCGCCAGGUCAGUCUGUACAUAAAAAUAAUAUGGGAGGUGUUAUUAAAUUGCCAAACUUGUUAAAACACCCAGAUGUGCAUAUAUGAGGAGACGAGCGGGUAAUUUAGUCGUGUGCAAAGCAGUGUGUGGUCGAUAAGUGAUGUUUAAAAGCCGUGGUCGUGCUGUGCUGUGUAUUUCCUUCUAGUUGGAAAACCAGCAUAUUGUUUUGUUCUGGCGAUGAGUGCAAAUGUGUAGGAGGGACCAACAUCCAUUUUGCUCUGGUGAUGGGAGUUUUGGGAUGUGACUUCUGGUGAUGUGUCUUAUGUCGGUGUGUAUGGGGUGGGAUAGGGGUAGGAGCGAGUAGUACACCGUGUACUUUAGCGAUGUAUGCUCUUGCGAUGACGAUGGUUGAUUUGACGAUGUAUCUCUGACGAUGACUAUGUGUGACUUGGCGAUGUAUCUCUGGCAAUGACUAUGUGUGACUUGGCGAUGUAUCUAUGGCGAUGACGAUGUGUGACUUGGCGAUGUAUCUCUGGCGAUGUGAGACUUGGCGAUGUAUCUCUGGCGAUGACGAUGUGUGACUUGGCGAUGCAUCUAUGGCGAUGACGAUGUGUGACUUGGCGAUACAUGGUCUGGCGAUGACGAUGUGUGACUUGGCGAUGACGAUGUGUGACUUGGCGAUGCAUGGUUUGGCGAGAAGUGCUUUGGUGACGCGUUGUCCAACAAUAAGUGCUUCGGUAAUGCGUUGUAUGGUGAUGCGUUGUUGGCAGAGUGUAUUUGCGACGGAGACGUGUAUGAUAUUGUUCAUGUCAUUGUCGCUCCUUUAGUGUGAGAUUAUUAUUCCAAUAAUGUAGACAUAUAAAGUAUGACAUAGCAAAACUUUAUGAAAGGGUAAAGCUGUAAUUUGUUGCAGGAACAAAACUGUAAGUCUGUAAAUUUAUGUGUAACUGUUGUCAAAUUAAAAUGACACAUUGCCGAGAUUUAAAUGACACAUUGCCGAUAUUUCGACUACUCAAGUAUAUCAAAACAAUGGCACAGCUCAUAUGGCUUUUGCAAACGUGUGAAUGUGUUUCGAAUGACGUAUGGAAUUCGCACGAGAACAUUGGCAAUUUUAUCUGUGAUAAAUGUGUGUAUGAUAAUAAGAUACUUGUUAAAUGUUGAUCAUUCUUUUUACUCGCAAAUAACAGUCAUGAGUGAUGCCUUAAAACAUCAAUAAAUUAUUCCAAUACAGUCAG